UUACAUAAUUCUUCUUAGCACAGUCACAUCUUAUCUCUUCCCUGUACAUCACAACUAUCCUCAACCUCUCGACUUCCCAUCUCCGUCCAAUACUCAUUGUUCCAUCACCUGUUCCAACUUUUGACUGUAACAGUUACACAGCCCGGAGAAAUGGGUCCGUCAUGUUCCCCUUUGUCUAGUGAAUUAGAUCAUGAAGAGACACUCCUUGAAGAAUAUGGCAAAACGCCUUUCAACCAGCGUCAACGACCCAAAGACCCGACCAUCUCUAGAUACAAUGCGCUUGCGAUCGAAAUCUGUCGCUUGAUGAUUGCCGUCCUCUUUUUUGCAAUCAUUGUCCUACUUAGUAUGGUUCUUACCAUGGCAAGAGGGGCUUCAUCGCAUGCUGGAGGCCUGUGUCCUGAAGCCUUACAACAAGCUGAUCUAGUACAUCUUGGAGUAAGCCACCAUAGCCAUGAUUCACAAACCGAACUGGUUUGGAAAGACUGUGGCGGUAGUGGCGAGGAGGCACGAGCCAAAGGAUGUUUCUUCGAUGUGAUACUCGUAGCAUGGUUGCAGCCGGAAUGUUUCGACUCUGAGUUACACGAGGUGUAUCUUUCUGACCACGAUUAUCCUUUCUGGCUUGAUCGGAGUCUGCAAACACCAAUGACUUUAGAAGAAGUAAGACUAGGUAAGCAUACAACGGUCUAUUCAUCCGCGGAGUUUCACCUUGCCCAUUGCGCGUAUUUUCUAGAGCAAUCAGUCAGGGGAUUUAGAAGGGGAGGAAUGGUGAAUAAUGUUACAUUGGAUAAUGACCACACAGAACAUUGUGCCAGGAGCUUGAGAGACCAGUGGCUUCCAGAGAUUGGGUUCUCUCCUUUGCACAUGGACUAUCAUUCGUGUGGUAUGCCUUGAGAACUUGUGAGAUUAUUAUGGCCUGGAAGGCGGAAAUGACGAGAUCUUGAGUGUCUGUAGCUGGAGCAUCAAUGCUAAUUCUAGUAGUAAGAGUUCUGGAAACUUCUAAUUACAUAUUUUACUGAGAAAUAAUUGUAAUCUUAUUUUCAAUCUUCAAUUAUAAA